UGUAACGAACAAACUCGAGAUAAACAACUUAACUCGUUCAUCUUGUUGUUUUAGUACAUUUUAAUUAGAAAUUAAAUUAAAUUAUGGUAUCUUUAUUAAAAAGUUAAAAUGAUCAAUCCCAUAUUAGAAUUGUUCGACGAUCCCGAACGCAAAUUUAUCAAUGUUUGUGCUCCCAUGGUACGCUAUAGCCGACUCCAGUACCGAAAACUAGUUCGUAUGUACGAGUGUGAUUUAUGUUUCACUCCAAUGAUAAUGGCCGAUUCUUAUAUUAAGUCUCCAAAAGCCAGAGCACAUGAAUUUCAAACUGACGAUGGCGAUAGUCCAUUAAUUGUGCAGUUCGGUGCUAACAACUCGUCUGAUUUUGUCGAUGCGUCAGAGAUGAUUAUUUCGCAGUGUGAUGGAGUUGACUUAAAUUGUGGAUGCCCGCAAAAGUGGGCAUUACAAGAAGGAUAUGGAGCAAAUUUGUUGAAAAAUCCUGAAAUUAUCAAGGAUUGUGUAGGCCAGUUACGAAACCGUAUUCCUAUGAAUAAGACUAUAUCCGUAAAAUUAAGAUUGCUAAACGAUAAUAGAAAAAGUGUAGACCUUUGUCGACAAAUAGAAGCUGCUGGCGUAUCUUUCAUAACAGUUCACGGACGUACUCCUCAGCAAAAAAACGAUCCGGUAAAUCUGGAUUGUAUAAAACUCAUUAACGAAUCGACCGACGUCCCGGUUAUUUUCAACGGCGAUGUAAAAAACAUGUCUAGUGCAGUUGCCAUGCACGAAUAUACCGGUUGUAAAGGUAUAAUGAGUGCGAGGGGUAUUUUGCACAAUCCUGGUCUGUUUGCCGGCUACGAAAUUACGCCAGUCUCGGCUAUUCAAAACUGGUUGAACAUACAUCACACCAACUUCUUGUGGUUCCAUCAUCAUUUAGUGUUUAUGUGUGAACAUUUACUCUGUAAAAAAACACGCAAUCAUUUCAACAGUCUUAGAAAUGCCGAGGACGUUGUAUCGUUUUUAGAAGAACAAUUUGAUAUCAAAGACGUACUUCCAAGCAAUAGGACCUUGGGUAAAGGAGCUGGUGGAACGAGUGGCGCGUAUUACGAAAGUCUAGCAGCAGAAAAAGACGACGCAGGACAAACCGAGAACGACGGCUCUGAAAUGGACGGAUUGGACAAUUUAUUUACCUAAUUGGUGCUUGUAAAUUUAGUUGUUAUUGUCAAUUGAUAAUACGUAUGGUUUAAACGUGACCGAAAAAGUAUUUGAAAAAAAUGUUAUUCAUUUGUUUAUUUUUGAAGCUAAUUUUUAAAC